UAGCCGUGCAUGGAGUGAGGGUCCCUUCACUGGUGUCCUACACCUGUGUAGAGGAGCCCAGUCUCUGCAUGCAACUGUCUCACUGACAAGGGAAGAGAAACCAAGUGUCAAGGGACAGGCCUUAAAGUGGACCCUGUGCUGUUGCAGCUUCUCUGUGCAGCUUUGUAUUAGUGCCUGGUGGAAUGGACCACUGUGGAACCACUGUCUGUUAGGGCUGAGUUUAGCAACCCUCUGCCAGACCAUACCCGAAAAUACAUACCUUCCCCUCAGAUCAGACUGUAGCCAGGAUGCAUGUUGCUCCUGAGAGCUGCCUUUACUUCUACACUGGACCUCAGCUGGGAGGAGAUAAAGGCAAGGUGAUGGCUCCCUCCACAAGCCCUUACCUUCUUGUUACUGGUAAUGGAUAUUGGCUGUGAGUUGAAACCUAUCCACUUGCCCACUAGUCUGCACAGCCAUCCAGUGAGUACACCCCAAACAUGGGGUCCAGGGGAGACCAGGUCACUCAUUCAGGGCCAGGUCAGUUGCUGCUAUUGAGGUUUGUGUGCUCAGACCCUGGAAAGCAGCUAUAGCAGGGCAAUAUGCUAGCUACAUUGCCAGGUAAAGUGGUCACCUUCCUAGGGCAGAAGAGCUGACCUUAGUUUGGUGAAUUUCUCACAGGCCACUGGAGGACUCCUGCAGAAGCCAAACCCCAGGCUUCCGUACUUGGUGGGGCUACUGGCUGUGGGGCCCAGGGCUUCUUAGGUGUCUUUUCUACUGCUGCUCUUGGCAAACUGUCUUUCUGCCUUUGUCCAGCUUAUCUGCAGGGGCUGCUGUAUGUUGCUGACUCUGUUGGAAAGUGACUUACUACUUUUACUUUUGUCCUAAGGCGUGUGUGUGUCUUCGAGAUGUGGGGACACUCACACCCAUCUCUCACUGUUCUGACAGUAUUUGUGACCUGGGGAGAAGGCAGUGAGGCCCAUGGGGACCCGGCUGUCCUCUGGCUGUCUAGGCGAGGCCCUGUCUUUUACAUUGACUGCUCUCUCUCACUCGCUCACUUCAUCACUCGUGCUCACACUGGGCCUGUGGUGGAGGCUUGCCCCGUAACCAUUUGCCAAAGCCAUAGAGAGCCAAUACCUUGCUUGACCCUCUGGCUCCUGGGCACCCUGCUCAUGCCUGUGUCUGGAUCAGUCUUUCUUACUAUGUCUGUCUUUUCUCUACUGCAUUGUCUGAAAUAGUUUUUCUCCAUAAAUCAUAGCAUUUUGUGUUUUAGUUCAUAGUGUGUUUUGUUUGAUUUUUAUUUUUUUAAACAAUUACAUUUUAAGUUCUUUUUAUUUCAUUCUCCAAGUUUUAAGGUUUUUCUAAUUUCUUAACUUUUUUGUUUUUUGUUUUGUUUUUUGUUUUUAUGUACUGUAGUGUUUUAACCAAACAGUUGUGGCUACUCAUGGUGAGGAAUGACCGCUAAGAGUGUGGGUUCUUUGCAAUACAUUUGGAGGUCACUGCUUCACGUUGAUGUUUAGGAGGUUGAGAGGUUUGGCCUAGUGUCCACACGAUGAGAUGUCUGAGUCAGGUCAGUCCUCAGCAGCUGCCACACCCAGCACCACAGGCACCAAGUCCAACACACCCACGUCCUCUGUGCCCUCGGCUGCAGUCACACCACUCAAUGAGAGCCUGCAGCCCCUGGGGGAUUACGGUAGUGGCACAAAGAACGGCAAGCGGGCCCGAGAGAAGCGCAACAGCCGCAACAUGGAAGUCCAAGUCACCCAGGAGGUGCGGAAUGUCAGCAUAGGCAUGGGCAGCAGUGACGAGUGGUCUGAUGUUCAGGACAUUAUCGACUCUACCCCAGAGCUGGAUAUGUGCCCAGAGACCCGCCUGGACCGCACGGGAAACAGCCCAACCCAGGGAAUUGUCAACAAAGCUUUUGGCAUCAAUACUGACUCGCUGUACCACGAGCUGUCGACGGCUGGGUCGGAGGUCAUCGGGGAUGUGGAUGAAGGGGCCGACCUCCUAGGGGAGUUCUCAGUGCGUGAUGAUUUUUUUGGAAUGGGCAAAGAAGUGGGGAACCUGCUGCUGGAGAACUCACAGCUUCUAGAAACCAAAAAUGCUUUGAAUGUGGUGAAGAAUGACCUCAUUGCAAAGGUCGACCAACUGUCAGGAGAACAGGAGGUGCUGAGGGGGGAGCUGGAAGCAGCUAAGCAGGCCAAGGUCAAACUGGAGAACCGAAUCAAAGAGCUGGAAGAAGAGCUAAAAAGAGUGAAGUCAGAGGCUGUCAUUGCUCGCCGUGAACCCAGAGAAGAGGUGGAGGAUGUAAGCAGCUAUCUCUGUACAGAAUUGGACAAAAUCCCCAUGGCCCAGCGCCGCCGCUUCACGCGGGUAGAGAUGGCACGUGUGCUCAUGGAACGCAACCAAUACAAGGAGCGGUUGAUGGAGCUACAGGAGGCUGUGCGGUGGACCGAGAUGAUCAGAGCAUCCCGAGAGCACCCAUCUGUCCAGGAGAAGAAGAAGUCCACCAUCUGGCAGUUCUUCAGCCGCCUCUUCAGCUCCUCCUCCAGCCCUCCUCCAGCCAAGCGGUCCUAUCCCUCAGUGAACAUCCACUACAAGUCACCCACUGCUGCCAGCUUCAGCCAGCGCCGCAGCCAUGCCCUGUGCCAGAUCUCAGCAGGCAGCCGGCCCUUGGAAUUCUUCCCUGACGAUGACUGCACAUCAUCUGCCCGGAGGGAGCAGAAGCGGGAGCAGUACCGCCAGGUGCGCGAACACGUGCGCAAUGAUGACGGGAGGUUGCAGGCCUGUGGCUGGAGCCUGCCUGCAAAGUACAAGCAGUUGAGUCCCAAUGGGGGCCAGGAAGACACACGGAUGAAGAAUGUGCCUGUCCCUGUAUACUGCCGCCCUCUGGUAGAGAAAGACCCAACUAUGAAGCUGUGGUGUGCUGCCGGUGUCAACCUGAGCGGAUGGAAGCCAAGUGAGGAGGAUUCUGGAAAUGGAGUCAAGCCCAUGCCUGGCCGUGACCCUCUGACUUGUGACCGGGAAGUAGAAGAUGAACCCAAGAGCAACCAUACAUCUCCAGAAAGGAAGAAGGCAAAGGAGCUACCUGAGACAGAUGCCACCUCCAGCCGGGUAUGGAUCCUCACCAGCACCCUGACCACCAGCAAAGUGGUGAUCAUUGAUGCCAAUCAGCCAGGCACCAUUGUGGACCAGUUCACAGUCUGCAAUGCCCACGUCCUGUGUAUCUCCAGCAUUCCUGCGGCCAGCGACAGCGACUACCCCCCAGGGGAGAUGUUCCUGGACAGUGACAUGAACCCCGAGGACUCCAGCACUGAUGGUGUGUUGGCUGGCAUUACGCUGGUGGGCUGUGCCACUCGCUGCAAUGUGCCACGUAGCAACUGCUCCUCUAGAGGGGACACCCCAGUGCUGGACAAGGGACAAGGAGAGGUGGCUGCCACUGCCAAUGGGAAGGUGAACCCAUCCCAGUCCACAGAGGAGGCCACAGAAGCUACAGAGGUGCCAGAACCUGGGUCCAGUGAGCCAGAAGCAGCUGCAGUGCGGCCUGGGCCCCUCACAGAGCAUGUCUUCACAGACCCGUCUCCUGCCCAACCCUCUAGCACUCAGCCUGGCAGUGAGAAUGGGCCAGAGGUUGAUGGAAACAGUGUACAGCCCCAGCCGGAGCCAACCGGGGACCCCUCAGCACCAAGUAGCAGUGCCGCACCAACCAUGUGGCUGGGAGCCCAGAAUGGCUGGCUAUAUGUGCACUCAGCUGUGGCCAACUGGAAGAAGUGUCUGCACUCCAUCAAGCUGAAGGACUCUGUGCUGAGCCUGGUGCACGUCAAAGGCCGUGUGCUGGUGGCUCUCGCAGAUGGGACUCUGGCCAUCUUCCACCGUGGCGAGGAUGGCCAGUGGGACCUAAGCAAUUACCACCUGAUGGACCUGGGCCACCCCCACCACUCCAUCCGCUGCAUGGCUGUCGUGUAUGACCGAGUCUGGUGUGGCUACAAGAACAAGGUGCACGUCAUCCAGCCCAAGACAAUGCAGAUAGAGAAGUCAUUUGAUGCCCAUCCAAGGCGGGAGAGCCAGGUGCGGCAGCUGGCAUGGAUCGGUGAUGGGGUGUGGGUGUCCAUCCGCUUGGACUCCACCCUCCGCCUCUACCACGCCCACACCCACCAGCACCUGCAGGAUGUGGACAUAGAGCCCUAUGUCAGCAAGAUGCUGGGCACUGGCAAGCUGGGCUUCUCCUUUGUGCGCAUCACAGCUUUGCUCAUCGCAGGCAACCGCCUCUGGGUGGGCACUGGCAAUGGAGUUGUCAUCUCCAUCCCGCUGACUGAGACUGUGGUCCUGCAUCGAGGCCAACUCCUAGGGCUCCGGGCCAAUAAGACAUCUCCCACAUCUGGGGAGGGCAGCCGCCCUGGGGGCGUCAUCCACGUGUAUGGGGAUGACAGCAGUGACAAAUCAGCUAGCAGCUUCAUCCCUUACUGCUCCAUGGCUCAGGCCCAGCUCUGCUUCCACGGACACCGUGAUGCAGUCAAAUUCUUUGUCUCAGUACCAGGGAAUGUGCUGGCCACCCUCAACGGCAGUGUGCUGGACAGCCCAUCUGAGGGCCCUGGGCCUGCUGCACCUGCUGCGGACACUGAGGGCCAGAAACUGAAGAAUGCACUGGUGCUCAGUGGCGGUGAAGGCUACAUUGACUUCCGCAUUGGGGAUGGAGAGGACGAUGAGACAGAGGAAGGUGCAGGGGACAUCAGCCAGGUGAAGCCGAUGCUGUCCAAGGCGGAGCGCAGUCACAUCAUCGUGUGGCAGGUGUCCUACACCCCAGAGUGAGGCCACUGCCCCAACUCUCCACCCUGCCUGAUGCCAAUGUGUACAUAGGACCCCUGCCUGCCUGCCCUCUAUCUCCUCCCCUGGGGCAGCCAGGCGCCCAACCACCCCCCUUCUAACCUCUCAACUUGCAGCUUUCACCUGAAGUCCAGCCCCCUCCCCACAGCUGGCAGGGAGAGGGGUGAUACAGGUCACAGGGAAGGAGGCAGAGAGCAGGUAGCAUUCCCAGCAGGGAGGGGAGAACCUCUGGGAACUCCUCCCCAGCAGUACCUGGCUGGCACCCAGCCCAGUGUCAUCAAGUCGCAAAGGCACUUCAGGGUGAGGGCAAGGCUGAGGUGACUGUGGGCAGCUCCUUCAGGCAGCCCUGGUCCGCUAUGGACUUCCCACUCCUGGGACCCCAUGGCAGGAGCAGGGGCUUUGAGCCGCUAAGUCUUCCUACCCUGAAUCCACCUGCUUUGCAUGCUGCCCAUGGAGUGGGGUCCCUUGGACCCCAGGCUCUUGCUCUCCCUGAAGAGGUCAGGUCCAGUAACCAUCCUGUGUCAAGGGAGGUGGGGUUCAGGCUGCCCGGACCCCACCCAGCCUUCUAUGGGUAUCCCCCAUCCACAAAGUAUCCAUUCCCUCAGCCCUAUCCAGCCUCCCCUGGGAUCUAGCAUUAAAGCUUGGGGCCAGGCUCUCUCGGGCAGCUUCUGCAGAAGACAAACCAGGUACCAUCCAAUCCAGCCCUUGCUGACCUAUGCCCCUCCCUGAGGUCCCUAGGGUAGAAUUUCUCAGGCUGUCAGAGCAGGCCCAGGCCUCAGGGAGGCCAGAGGUCUCUGGCCUCUCUUGGGGAGGUAAAGAGAGUUGGUCCAGAGUGCAGGCUCAGCCUCAGGUUGAUGGGGGUAGUGUGCUCUUGGAGUCUGUCCGCUGCACCGGGCUCCAAAGAGCCUAGCUCCCAGACACGUACUAAGUGCCUAGGGUUGCCCGCUGUGGCCUGCUCCCAUGAAGAGCAACUGAUGUGGGGCUGCCCAGAAAAGGCCAGAGGACAAAGACAGGGCUACUGCACCAGGCCCUGGGCAUUGCCCUGGGCUGCUCUCCUUACCCACCUUCCCCGCCCAGGCCUUACUCCUACUCCAAGGCACUGAUCAGGGCAGCAUGGCCCCUGCUGCCCACCACACCCUAGAGAAGCACAGAUCUUAGGGCGCUAUGCCAUGAGCCCAGCUGGCCACUACAGGCUGCAGCCAUGCACAGCUGCAGGCUUCUCCCCACCACCCUGCCACCUCUCCACUGUGAUGUAUGUCCCUGUCUGUCCCCACAGGAGCUGAAGUGACUGGGUUUAGAGGGUGGGUGGAGCUGGAAAAAGGGGCCGGUGCAAUUCUCCUCAGGCUUUGUUUGGUCCUGCAAGUGAACCCACAUAUCUGCUCUGUAUGUAAUAAAUGUCUUGACACCA